AUGCUACUUUCCCUUGGUUUUUGGCCAGGUUUGGUUUUUUUUUCCGCGUGGAAAAAAAUUGUUUGGUCUUUUGGCUUUCUUUGGCGUCAGGUAGUAGGUCUUCGACCCAACCGUCCUUCUCCCCCCGAGGCAAUUGGGGAAUUGUACUUUUGUACUGGUCGGGGUUUUUACCCCAUCUCCUUGCGAGAUCAAGUACCUGUUUCGCCCUUGCCUGAUGUUUCUCCUUGUUCCUCUGCUGGUGCUUCUGCUUCCGCUCCUGCUUGCUCUUCCCCCGCGGUCUCGUCUCCUGUUUGUGAGGUUCCACGCCUGGAAUUUUCCUUUGCGUCUCGUCCUCCAGCAAUCAUAAAAGACGAACGUAAAUGUCAUUUUCUUGACUGUGCUUUUGCUCGUGGCUUGCCUUGUGUUGGUAGUGGUGUGAUGCCUUCUUUUGCUCCACUCCCCCAAUACCAUCCUUCCGUUCCUGUCUUUGCCCUUGUUGGCGAAUUGAUUAGUCAGUCUUGGCUGGCUGAGAACGCGGCUUGUCUUGGUUUGGAGGAUUCGCCUUCUUCUUCUGUUGCUGGUUGUUUGGCUGUUGCCACGUCCUCCCCGUUUGUACCUUGCUCUGAGGUCACAUCAUUGGAUUGUGGCACGUCGUCACCUAUUGUUUCUGGUAGCUUGACUCCCUUUGUCGAGCCUUUGCCAUCCUCGAGUGUAGUUGAGUCUUCUCCUGUUUCGGUUGCUCUGACUGUGGCUUCGGCCCAGCCUGUGGGUGUUGAUGCUGGACCUGUGGCUGUGUCGGGACCUGUUGCUGUUUCUGGACCUGCUAAUGUCCAUCCUUGCGAUGCUGUCUCUCGUCCUGUUGCCGUUCCGCGUCGUCUUGCUGUUCCUCGUCCUGUUUCUUUGGGUCGUCGUGCUGGUGUUUGUCGUUCUGCCGGCGUUGUUACUGCCUCCCCUUCUGUUGUUGUUUCUCCUUCUGUGGGCCUUCCUUCUCCUUGCGAGAAUUUAAACUCUGGAGGCAAAAGAAAAACUCCUCCUCCCUCCCCAUCAUCAUCGUCUCGUCGUCGACUUUCCGGUUGUCCUUCUUCGGACAUGGUGUCUUUGGCUGUUUCUUCUGCGCCUGUGGUCUGUUCUGUGCCUGUGGUCUGUUCUGCGCCUGUGGUCUCUUCUGUGCCUGAGGUCGCUUCUGCGCCUGUGGUCUCUUCUGUGCAAGUGGUCUCUUCUGCUCCUGUUGUCUCUUCUGUGUUUUGUGUCUCUUCUGUUCCUGCGGUCGGUGUCGUUGAGGCCUCCUUCAUCUCUGUUUCCCCUGCGCGACCAAUCGCCAUGCCUUACGUGGCCCAUUAUCAAAAAGCCAGGGAGAGACAGAGUUUGAGGGACCUCUUCGACGCCGCCGAAAAGGAAGAUAAAAAAAAAUUGAACGUAUCCCAAAUUGUUACCGUAGUUGCUGAAUUGCUAUUAGUUUUAUUUGGACUUGAUGAUGAUACAGUGCAUAUAAUAUAUAAUAUGUGGGGAGACACGAAGAUUUCCGGCAGCUUUUCACAGCGCAAACAUUCAUAA